GAUAGCUUAGAGGGCUCCCUGUUUCCACCGGAUAAUAUAGGUUACCCCAUGGGUAAGGAUUAGCCAACAAUUCGUCUCAUUGUCAAGUUCUUGGGGAAAGUAGGACGCCAGCAAUCACACAAACUUUAAGUACUCUAUAAUGUCGAUUACGAAAGGAUUAUUCUAUAUGACCCACUGUCCCAUUUUAACUAUAUAAUAUGUGUGGCUGCUUAUCAGUUUAUGUAAACAUCUAUAUAAAGGAUAAAGGUUAAGUUAUAAUAUAAUUUAUAAUACAUUAUAUGCUACAUAUGUUUUAAAUUGCAAACAGUAUGUUAAGACCUUUAUGUCAGAAUUUAUAUUUGUCAACAUUAAAGAAUCGUCAAAGUUUGGUAGCACUCCAACAGUCACUUCAUACUACAAACAGGAUGUCAGACAAAACGUAUGAAGAUCCCGCCACCAUCAAAUUUUUAGAAGAUGUUCAUAAAAUUAUGGUAGAUGAUGCUUUAGUUAAAGGGACAUCUCGAGAGGCACCUGUUGUUGAAUUCAGACAUCCUGAGGAACUUAAGAAAUUAUUACAACUACCUGUAAAAAAUGAACCAGCAACAUCGGCAGAGAUAUUAGAAGAUUGUAAAAGAGUUAUUAAAUACAGUGUUAAAACUGGUAGUGUUCAGUUUUACAAUCAAUUAUAUUCUGGUAUAGAACCGUAUAGUUUAGCUGGUUCAUGGAUAACUGAUGCUCUUAAUACUAACAUUCAUACGUUUGAAGUAGCGCCAGUGUUUGUUUUAUUAGAACAAUAUUGUGUACAGAAAAUUUGUAGUUUGAUUGGCUAUGAAAAUGGUGACGGUGUAUUUGGUUCCGGUGGUUCAUUUUGUAAUUUAAUGGCUACCCACUUAGCUAGGUAUAAACGUUAUCCUAACAUGAAAUCAGAAGGGAUGUACAAUCAACCUAUUUUAGAUCUGUAUACAUCUGAUCAAGCUCACUAUUCCCUAUUAAAAGCCGGUGGAUACCUGGGAUUUGGUACUGACAAUAUCAUUAGAAUCAAAACAGACGAUGGUGGCAGAAUGCUGAUUGAUGAUUUGGAGGUCAAAGUUGAGGAGUCAAAAAAGAAGGGUCAUAUACCAUUUUUUGUUAUGGGUUCAUGUGGUACUACAGUUCUAGGGUCAUAUGACUCUUUAAAUGAAAUAGCAGACGCAUGUUCUAAACAUAACAUGUGGUUCCAUAUAGAUGCAGCAUGGGGAGGCGGUGUUUUAUUGUCAUCAAAACACAAACAUCUUAUGGAUGGCGUUGAGAGAGCUGAUUCAGUUGCUUGGAAUCUUCAUAAAAUGGUUGGUGCCAAUAUUCAAUGCUCAGGAAUAUUUGUCAAAGAAAAGGGUCUACUGGAGAAGGCCAACAGAGCAUAUGCCGAAUAUUUAUUUCAACCAGAUAAAUUUUAUGAUGUUUCUUAUGAUAUAGGCGAUAAAACUGUUCAGUGUGGUAGAAAGGCUGACGUUCUUAAACUCUGGUUAUUAUGGAAAGGAAAAGGUGAUAGUGGGUUGAGUGAAAGGAUUGAAAAAGCUUUUGAUAAUUCCCAAUAUUUAGCAACUAAAUUAAGGAAAACUGAUGGAUUUAAAUUAGUUAUACCCGAGUUUCAAUGUACCAAUAUAUGUUUUUGGUAUAUACCUCCUAGUUUACGUGGUCAAGAAGAAACUCCAGAAUGGUGGGCCAAGAUAGCUAAAGUUUCUCCGAUUAUAAAACAAAGGAUGAUAGAGGAUGGUAGUAUGAUGAUAGGUUUCUGUCCGCUCUCUAUGAAAGGUCAUGUCAACUUCUUCAGAAUCAUCGUCGUCAACCCAGCUUGUGAAUACUCUGAUAUGGAUAAAGUCUUAACGGAAAUUGAAAGACUAGGAAAUGACUUGUAAUUCAAAGGAAGGUCAUAACUACCGGUAUUUCCAAGAUAGGUUGUAUGUUGUAGUUAUACAGACAAAUGUUGGUUUAUUUUACGCAAUACCAAAUUAUUUGAUAUGUUAUC